AUGGCCGAAAAACGCAAACUCCCCGCCCGCGAACGUCGCGAACCCGCGGCGAAGCGACGAGCCUCCGAAGCUCCGUCUCGACCAUCCCCUCAACCUCAACAGUCGAAGAAGAAGGGGUCUACACCGGUCGUCGCCCCUUCUCCCCCUCCUCCGCCACCACCGGAACCUACCGAACCCCCUUUGCCUACAAAGAUAAAGGAUGGAGAGCCUCUUCCGACUACGGCCGCGCCGCAACCAACUACUCUUACGGAUAAAGAGUACCAGUCGUAUGCAGAAAGUGCGAUUCUGUUAGCUUCCCUGGAACGAUCGAAGAAGAAAUGGCUAAGCGACGGCAUUUUGGAGAGAUACUGGACCAAGCCCAAGAAGACCAAGAGGGAGCAGAUUGAAGGAAAGAAUCCGCCCAAGGAAACCAUGUCAAAGGUUGGAGCUUGCAACAUCGUUGUCGGACCUCAUCUGUUCGACGCGAUGCUGUACACUGUCAAAGAUCCCAACGCGCCGCCGCCGAUCCAAUACACCACCCCUCAACGCCCGAUGGUUCAUUAUGGACACCCAAACAACUUUCAACAAUACCACCCCUAUCCUCACUCCCCUGCUCCGCCCCAACAUGCACGGCAACAUCCACCACAAGGUUCUCCGGCGACUCCUGGAACACCCCAACCUGGCUACACUCCCGGAAACCACCCACCCCCUUCACAUCCUGCUCGGACUCCAAGUCAGCCACCCCACCGUCCCCCUGGCCCUCAAUCUGCGCAAAGACCAUCGCCUUCUCAGCACCCUCAGACUGCCCAACCGCCGAAGCCUAGCCCAGAUCCCGUCAUUCAGAUGCUUGCAACACGAGCUGCGUCCGAUCCUGAGCUCAAAGCGUUGAUGCGCGUCGUGGCCUCGAGCAAAGCAUCUCAAGAGCAACUCCGCGCUUUCCAAGCUCAUAUUGACGAACUGAACGCCAUCAUUCGCGCAAGGGAACAGCAGCAACAACGGCUACAGCAGCAGCAGCAGCGCCAGGUUCAGCCUUCCACUCCUUCUCAUCCUCCCCCGCGUCCGUCACAAACUCCUAUACAACACCCCCAGCCCCAGCAAACGCCGCAACCUUCGCAACCUUCGCAACAACCCCCCUCUGCACAAAAGCCUCCCCCGCAGCCAGCUCAGCAAACCCCCCAGCAACCCCCGCAGCAGAAACCCCAGCAAACCCCUCAGCAAACUCCCCAAGGGCAGUCGCAACCACAGCCCACGCCGCGUGUUGAGGUGCAAGUCCCGAAACCAUCACCGUCUCCCGCCCCUGCCCACCCUCCUCCGAACUCGAACGUCCCACAGCCGCCACAAACGCCUACUCCACAGGCUCCUAAGCCAGCCCCUCAGGUUGUAAUUAAGCAAGAACCUGGCGUGGCGGCGUCAGGUCAGCCCCCGUCUCAGCCGGUAUCGGGUCCUAGUGUGGCGCCAGCUCCAACCUCUACCCCGGAUCCGCAAAAGCAGGCAAGCCCUGCUGUACGACCCAUGCCGCCUCCCCAGCAGCAACCAACGCCGCGGCCAGGACCUCCACACCCACCCUAUCAACAGCCUCCGUAUCAGAGCCAUCCACCUGCCAUACAAUCUCGGCCUCCGCAGUAUGGGUCGCCAGCGCCAUAUUAUCGCCCAGCUCCACCACCGCCCCCUCCGAGACAGAACUACAAGUCGGUGGUCUUUGAAUUUACGUCACCGCUGACCCCCUAUGGAAGCAGCACAUCCGGACAUGCAGGCUCUGGUGAUCGAUACCUAUUUCCUGAGUACACAAUUCUGGAAUGGCUCCCUGGAGGAAACACUGUUCUUGCCUCAUUCCUACUUGUGAGGAAGGUUGAUCCAAACGCAACGUUUCCCUUAGAAUCAGCUACUGAGACGGCCAACCCCCGGGCUAAAGGCAAGGCAUCCAAGUCCAAGUCGAAGAAAGCAGACAAGAACAAGGAGAAAGCGAGCGAGGCGGACAAGGAUAAGGGGAAAGCAGACGACAAAGAAAAAGACAAGCCACAGGAGAAAUCCAAUGAUAAACCUGAAACUUCUGGCACCGAACCUAAACCUGAUGGUGAUAAGGCACCAGCCAGCAGCACACAAGCUGACCAGAAGGCUGAAGCAUCCGAAACUCCUAAUAAACCCUCCACAGACAAGGAUGACUCUAAAGACAAAAAGGUCGAUAGCAAGGACAAGGACAAGGAAAAGGAGAACAAGGAGAAAGAGAAGGACAAAGACUCCAAUUUGAAGGAAUACUACCAACCCGUGACAUUCCGCAUCUUCACCAACAACCCCAAAGUCCUCGAGCCUCUAGGCCGUGUCGUGAAGCCUCCGGACGAAGUCCGCAAAUACAUGAACGAGAUCAUGGACCGAGCGGAACGGGCUCCCGAGGGAUUCCUGGCCUACCGUCUGCCCCGAGAAGAGCCCGACGAUAACAAGCAGGCCCCUGAGACAGAAGAUAGCGGCAAGAAAACCGGAACUCCGGUGCCAGCUGCGCGUGGGAGGUUGCAGUCUCGGAGUAAGACGGUGGACGAGGAAUCGGAUGUGGAGAAUAUCGAGGGAGCUGUAGAGGAGGAAGAGGAAGAGGAACUCAAGGAUUUCUAUGGUCCGCCUACGGGACUUCCGCCUAUGGGGGCGUGA